UUUCAUACUGGAUUAUUAACUAACACUUGACUUGACAGAGAAUAUAAUUGUUGUUGUUGUUGUUGAGAUGGCGGUGCUAAAGAGGAGCAAUAGAGACGAUGAUGUGGAGAGCUUAGCGAUGGCGAAUUGUGUGAUGUUGAUAUCUCGUAUGGACGAGGAACAGAUAGCGAUGUCGGGUCGGGUUUACGAGUGCAAGACUUGCCGGAAAAAGUUUCAUUCGUUCCAAGCCCUAGGCGGGCACAGGGCGAGCCACAAGCGGCCGAGGAUGCCGAGUGAGAAGAAACAUGUGUGCACUGUUUGCGGGUUGGAGUUCGAGAGAGGCCAGGCUUUGGGCGGCCACAUGAAUAAUCUGCAUAGUGAUUCCAAGGUUGUCGUCAAGGAACAACAGGAGGAGAAGGAGGAGGAUUCAUCGCCGGACAGCAUUAAGGUUGUGGUUUCUUGGGAUUUGAAUUUGACUCCGCACGAGAAUGAAACCACAGAAUUGAUUCUAGCCGCAGAGAUUCGCUUAAAUUGA